AGCUACAAACCCAGAUGAUGAUUCUGCACUGAAUCUUGCAGAAUGUGAACUGAUUUGCCAUUGAAAAACUUUUGAACCUCGCUGGUUUUAUUCAAAUGAAAAAUGUUGGACUUAUUUUUGGAUUUCUUAUCUGUGAUUCAUGUAUUGGCUGAAUGCUGAAAUGAAGCUCGAAAAGGAAUAACCAAGUGAAAUAUUAAUAGAUUUAUAGAUAGGACCUCUAUUAAUUGAUGGAUUUUUGUAUAAAAGAAAUGGAGUUCUCUGAUUGAACCUGAGUUUGUGAGAAAAUUACACCAACGAAAGCAAUAAAGAUGCCAUUCUAAUUUCCAUGCAGAGUAAUUAUGCAUUGAGUGAAAGAUUAUUUGUCAGACCUGCUAAAGACACAGAGAUUAUACUACAAGACAUUGGAAAGUAUGGUAAAGUCCAGAGUGUGAAAAUUCUACCCCAAAAGGAAGAAGAAAGUGGAUUCUGCGCAACAGUUGCAUUCAUUGAUAUCAAGUCAGCUUCCAAGGCACACAAUGCGGAUAACAAAAUCGACGAUCGGACUUUAAAAACAGACUAUUAUCAACCUCCUGCUUCUAGCACAUCAUCUUCGGCCAUUUACAUCCACGAGAGAGAUGAUGCUCUAGUGCGACCGGCACCAGCGCCCUAUACUGCCGGUCGCACACCACGUUAUGGUUUCUGUUCUGGACGUUCUUAUAAAUUGGUCACUUCAGGAAGUAGAAGUAACAAGAAUCUUUCUGAAGAAAGAAAUUAUGAAAGGCCUGGUCAUUAUUAUGCUGAUCGUGAGCCAUACAUGAGAAGACCAAUAGGAAUUGGUUAUCAUGAUGAAGAUAGCUAUCAGGGCAGGGCAAAAUCUAGAGAUAGGUACCCUAGGUCAACACCUGGAAAUAAUUAUACAGAAGGCACUGAAAGGAAUCAAAAUCAUUUUCGUCCCCAUAAUGCUCGUCAACACUUCGACCAACAAAGGUAUCCUGUAGGUGACCAAUAUAAUGAUGAAAGGGAACCAGCAGCUAUACCACCAAGAUUAAAUAGAAGGACUAAUAAUACACCUACAACGCCUACUGUGGCAUCUGUUGCAUCGCCUACUACAUUAAGGACUGAAAACAGACCAAGGAGGUCAAAACGUAGAUCUCCAUCACGGACACCAUCAGGUUCUAGGUCAAAUUCUAGGUCUCGAUCAAGGUCGCGAAGUUCUAGUGGUAGUAGAUCGUCUAGUUCCUCUUCAAAGUUACGUAGUUCAUCAAGCGACAGUAGUGGCAGAUCACGCUCCCCUUCCAAAUCCAGAUCACCUGUGAAUGCGUCAUAUAAUAGUCAAAACAAUGCAAAGGGUAGUCGACUGGAUAGGCCGUCAAGUGCCAUUGCCAAUCCCUCCAGCACAGCAUGUUAUCUACCCUCUGCUGUAAAUACAUCUGCCAUAAAUUGCACGUCAAACAACACUCAAGGAUCAACUCCAUCCCAAAGUUGCACAGUACCAACUGUGGAAAACCACUGUGACAGAGAGGAGAAGAGGCCAUUAGGCAUAUGUGUCAGAAAUCUUCCUGUUCGAUCUACAGACACAAGCCUGAAGGAUGGUUUAUUUCAUGAAUACAAAAAACACGGAAAAGUCACCAUGGUCAAAGUUAUUGGACAAGGGACUGAUCGUUAUGCUGUGGUGUGCUUUAAAAAACCUGAGGAUGUCGACAAGGCUUUAGAGGUUUCUAAAGACAAAUUAUUCUUUGGUUGUAAAAUCGAAGUUACUGCCCAUGAAGGUUUAGAUGCUGAAGAUAAUGAAUUUAGGCCUUUAGAAGCUGAAUUGGAUGAAUUUCACCCAAAAGCAACCAGAACUCUUUUUAUUGGAAAUCUUGAAAAAGACAUUACUACACCUGAAUUGCGAAAACACUUUGAACAAUUUGGGGAAAUAAUAGAAGUUGACAUUAAAAAGCAAGGAACAGCAUCAUCUUAUGCAUUUAUACAAUAUUCUGAUAUAGCAAGUGUUGUGAAAGCUAUGAGAAAAUUGGAUGGCGAAAACCUUGGUGCUAAUCGAAUUAAACUGGGAUUUGGAAAGAGUAUGCCAACGAACUGUGUUUGGUUAGAUGGCAUUGUGGACUCGGUAUCAGAUAAAUUUCUUGCUCGCCAUUUCAGCCGUUUUGGUCUUGUAGCCUAUACUGCUAUUGACAGAGAAAAGGGCCAUGCUCUAGUUUUUUAUGAGAGUGUGGAAUUUGCACAGAUAGCUGUUUCUGAGAUGAGGGGAAGAAUAUUGCAGGGAAAGAAAUUACAGGUUGAUUUUGCAAGUCGUGAGUGCCAGACAGCAUUUUUUGAAAAGUUAGAAAUGACUGGUCAAAUGAUUCCUGGUGAUGGCACACGUCCUUGGGAAAGAAGAGAGAGAAGAGGACCUGAAUUUGAACUUGUCCGGAAUGAUGAUCGGGAACAAAGGGUAGGUUUUGAAAAUCGCACUUAUCCAAGGUAUGAAGGACAGCCAAGACCACCCAGAGGAAAUUUUAGAGGUGGCCAGCGGGCUGGAUUUGCCUCUCGUGGACGAGGACAAGGUUUUCCUGCCCGAUAUGAAGUUUAUCAUGAUGAAUUCGGUGAACGAAGACAUAGGUACAAUUCUCGUGAUGAAAGUGUUCCUGAAGUAACAAUGUUUGAUGGAAAAAUUGAACGUCCUGCCAAGUAUGUAGAAAAUGCUGAUUGCCCAAACCGGAAGAGGAAUAAACUUCGGAACAGCAUAAGCGACCAAGAGAGCCAUCACAGCUUAUCUCCACCCCGCUCCUGUCAUCAAAGCAGGAGUACCAGUCCUGUUUCUAAAGACAGAAAGUCUUUGAAAGAACGUCUGCAUCACAGGAUUAAAAGUCCUGGCAGCCAUACUUCCUCUCUUGUGAGCAGCCCUUGCAGAGAUACUGUUUCGGAUGAAAUGGAAACAAACUCUGAUUACAGGGACUCUCGUUCUAAAAACGAAAUAAAAGCUGAUGAGGUCAUGGCAGAUCUUUCUUAUACAUCUCCUAGGAGUAGCUCUGAAAAAGACUGCUCAGAAAAAGGGCUAUCCAAAGGAGAAACGGACUCUAUAAAAUCUAGAUCAUCUGUAGAUGCUGAGAGUGCUGAUGAGUCUAUUUCUACCAGUGACCAACUUGGACAGUUAGAAAGAAAGAAGCGUCUCUUAGCGUCCUCAAAUUUGAAAGCUUGUAAGGAAUUGAAUACAAUUCUUACAAAAUCUCUGAGUGAAAGGGCAAAGGGGAAAAUGCAAGGUAGUCAUGUCAAUUCCUUGAAACCCACAAAAGUGAACUGUGUGACUGAUACAACUGUUGAUGAUGCUAAAUUUGAAAUGGACAAUAUUAGUGUUCAGCAAGAGUGUGUAAAAGAAAAACUCCAACAGACUGAAAGUGCCAAUGAUUUGAAAUCCUUACAGAAAAAACAAGUUCGUUUGUUACAUUUAUUGGAACAGCUUGGUGAUAAUGCAAAUUCCAAUGAUACAGAGGGUUUAAUUGAUGGUGAACGUGUCAUGCUCAAGAAGCAUAGGUCACCUUCUUCAUGUUCUGAAACUAACCCUUUAAGUGAAAGUGGUAAAUUAACCAAAGAUGAAUGCAGUAUCAAGUUGGCGAAGGAUGCUAUUAGGGAUUCUUCUGUUUUGAAUAAGCUCAAAACUAAAGCUGACAGUAUAGACAGUAGUAAUUGUAUAUCCUUAUCAUUGGACUCGUUUAUCUUUCAGAAGCAUUUAGAUCCUCGGAAAGGAUCAGAUCAUCUUACUGCUCUUCAGAAAGGACGUAGGAUUUCUAUGGACAAUGAAACAUGUCUUCCGAACGCACAGGGGGCCAUUGAUGCUUUUUUAUGUGCAGCUUCUCCCAUCAAUACAGAUGGGCCAUGGAAAAAAGAUUCCAUUAGUGAUAUCCAUUUUCCUGAUAGUGACAAUGAUGGUCAAUUGACUGUAACUCAUCCUAAGGGGAAAGACGAAAUUAUGUCUGAUGAAGAUGUUUUAAGUAACAAAAAGUCCCUAAAUUCAUCAUUUCCAUUAGAUGUACCAAAUCGUCUUCUCUCAUUGCGAACUCUUUCUGACAUGCGACAUGAAAUAAAAAGAGAUAUUAGUCCUUUGUCUCUCCCACUUCCAAAAUUUGCAGCUUCAUUAAGAUCUCCUAAAUCAUCUCCAAGUGUUUUGACUUCACCAAAGAGCACAGCAGCUCAUAGUCCAAGAGCUGGUUUUUCCCCUAGUUCAUAUGCAUCUGGUAAAAACAUCCGUAUUUCAGAUUUACUGCAAGAUUUUCAAAUGGAGAAGAAAACAAAGGACAUAGUGACUGAAGAAAAGGUAAACGGUGCUACUGUUUCUCCAGUUGAUUCAAUAUCACCCAUCGAAUCCAACUUAGUUAAUGAAGUUUCUGAAACUAUAUCUAAUGUGGAAUCUAUACAGUCGCCUAAAAGUAUAGCUGACAAAAUUAAAGAACUGCAUAGUUCUUCUGAAUCAGAAUUUUCACCAUCUGCUUCUCCAAACCGUCCAUCUAUUGAGGAUAGAAUAAAAGCAUUAGAUGAAAAAUUUAAUGCUUGGUCAGGAUCAACAAGAACUGCCUCCGCAAUUGUACCAGAUGCUGUGCCUAUUGUGACACCUGAAAUUAUGAAAUGUCCUGUUAAACGAUCCAGGUUCAAUUUUUUGGCACCUGAAAUUCGUGAACCUUCAGAAAUUGUCAAAUCUUUGUUGGCUCGAUCAACAAUUUUUGACCAAGAUUCCAAGAGGUUACAGCAUAUUGAUGAAAAGUACGAGCCAUUAGAUAUUAAAGUGGAUGCUUCACCUCCUAGAGUUAAACCUACUUUUCGAACAAAAGCAGCUGCUAAAGAGUUCUCUUCACCGAUUGCUCCAGCUGUCCAAAAAUUGAAUCAGUCUUCCCUUAUUAACAGUCCCACAACAGUACUAGUCGCACAAAGCAUUGUAUCACCUCCUGCAACUCCACAGAGUGUAGUAGGUAGUGUUUUGUCUCCAGUUACACCACCAGUGCAGUAUAACACUCCAUUAACUCCUCAAGCCUUCACUCCCUGUUCACCUUGUGCUGCUCCUUUCAGUUUAACAUCUGCUACAAUUAAGAAUUCAGACAAUUAUAGCAUUAGCUUGAGUGAUCAUGUAUCAAAAGUUCCAAAUAUGUUCAAUUCUGUAAAAACAAAAGCAGAAGCAAAUUUCCAUAUGAAUUCAUCAACCCUUGCCACAUCUCUCAAAAGCCCUCUUCAUUGUUCUGUUGAUGUACAGUCCCAAGCAUUGGUUUUAAAUUCGCCUCCUAAUAUCAGAAAAGAACCUGCAUCUCCUGUGGACAAUGCUACUGAAGCCGUUUGUAAAUUUGAAAUAGAAUGUAAGGUUCCUAUUAAAAAGGAAUUGCCAUCACAUAAUGUAAUUAGCAUUCCAUUAAGAAAAGAAAAUUCUGUAUCAUUUCCAAAAGACCACAUACAUUUUAACUCUUUUGAUCAUAACAAAAAAGAAAUCUGUGAUUCCAAAGAUUCAAAACUUUCUUUUCAUGAAGGUGCCAGCCAUUGGCGUGAAAAUGGCUGUAAAGAUGAAAUCAAAUCUAAUCUUGACUCUUGUGCCAAAUCUUUCUCAUCCAAUCCUGGUUCUGAUUCUUCUGUGAACCCUUUGUGUCCUGCUGCUAAGAAAAGGGUAUCAUCCAUAGAUAGUACUGAAUCAGAAUCCAGUAAAUCAGUUAAAUCUUUGGACUCCAGUAGAGAUAGUCAAGAAACAAAUUGGUCCAAACAUGAAAAGACAUCUGAACCAGAACCUAAGAAGCCAAAACUGAGUAAAAGUGCUACACGAGAUCGCUCAGUAUCACCACCUGUUCAGUUACAUUCAAGGAAAAUUGAAAAGAAAGAGAAAAAUGUUAAACCUGAAAAAUGUAAAGUAUCAUCUUCAAAAUCUACUACUUCUAACAUUCCUGAAAAAUCAAAAAGUGAUACUAAAUGUAGUAGUAAGUCGGAACAGAAGGAGAAAUCCAAACCAGAACACAAAAAUAAAGAAGAAAAGCGUUCAAAAUCUCGAGAAUCUAAAGAAUCAACUAGUAAAGAACAAAGAACUAAAUCAAGGGAAAGGAGAAAUUCAGAAAAGGACAAAAGUGGAGUUUCAAAUAAUCCAUCCAACAAGUCAAAGAAAGAAUCUCAUUCAAAUAAGAAUGAAAAUAAGCAUGAGACUAAAAGUGAAACAAAGCAUGAGACUAAAAGUGAAGCAAAGCAUGAGACUAAAAUUGAAGCGAAACAUGAGACUAAAAGUGAAGUAAAACAUGAGACUAAAAGUGAAGUAAAACAUGAGACUAAAAGUGAAGCAAAGCAUGAGUCUAAAAGUGAAGCAAAGCACGAGUCUAAAAGUGAAGCAAAGCACGAGAGUAAAAAAGAAAGCAAGCAAGAAAGCAAAAAUAUUAGUAAACACAAAAAUAAAAUGGAAACUAAAUAUGAAAUUAAAAAUGAAAGUGAUAGUGAAUGCAAAACUGAAGAUUCAAAAAAUGAGAAGAAACAAAAUGAGAAAAAAUCUAAGAAAUCAUCUGUAUCAUCAUUGCCAUUCGAUAUUCAAGCCUUUUUGGAAAAUGAACCCGUUUAUUUUUCUAUGUAUGAUAAAGUCAAAGCUCGAUCUAGUAAAUCACAAACAUUAAAGCAUCAGACAGGUGAUUUGGAAUCAGUUAGGCAAAAAUUCAGUAAACUUAAACAAAGCCGUGCUAAGCGAGAAGAAAAAACUAAAGUGGCGGGCCAGGAUAGUGAUAAAGAUUCAGAUUCUGGCAGCCAUCAUUCAAGUGAAUCUGAUUCACAAACCAAAUCAACUAAAAUUAAGCAACCUCGUAAGCGAAAAUUAGUAAUUCAAAGUUCAAGUGAUGAUGAUGCAGCACCCCAGGAUUCAAGUAAUAGAACCAGCAAAAUAGAGAAGGAUUUCAGUGAUUCUGCAACAGAUUCUGACUUUGAUUAUAAUGUUUCCCGUAGACAGUCUAGCAGUCUUAAAGUCAGAAAAAAGAAAACAGAUUUACUCAAUUCUGAUUCCUCAGAUUCUGACUCAAAUUUUGCUUCAAAAUCACAGUCAAGUUCAAAAAAGAAAUCAUCCCAGAGUCGAUCCAAGUCUCGUUUGGAAAAGACUAAAAAGCUUGUGAAAUCUGAUUAUGAACUUUCUGAUACAGAAACUCAUCAAAAAUCUAAAGAAAAGGAUAUGAAACCUAAAAAACUUAAGAAAGAAAAAACUGUUGAAACAAAAGCAGAGACUGAGAGCAUGGAUUAUGAAGUCAAUAAAAAGUCGAAUGAUGAUAUGAAAAGUCAUAAAAAGAAAGCUUCCAAAGAAAUGAAGCCAGAUCCUGAUACAACAACUUCACAGAAGAAAUUGAAAGCAGAUCAUGUUAACAAAGAAAAAUCAACUGCACACAAGGAAAAGAAACGAGAGAGCUCUGUGGAAAAAAUGCAGAUAGAUGAUAUGGAAAAACAUAAACCAUAUACCAAGAAGCGCAAGAAGUCUAAGAAAAUGUCUAAAAACAAAGAAAAGCGAAGCUGCACAGAUAAGGCCCCUCAAGAAUCUUCCAGAAAUCUUGAUGACCAUGAUGUGAAGUCAUCUUUACCGGUCUUAUCUCCCAAACCAUCAAAUCUGUUACCUGAAAAGCAGCUAUCCCCUCCAUGUCUUCAGGCUGGUUUCUCAGAUAAUGAUUUCAAAUCUGAUUUCUCUGAUUUUGAUUUUGGAACUCAACAAACAGAUGAUGUUGAUAUCACAUCAGAUAUAUGGAAGCAACUCGAUGCAAAAUCCGAUUCUAAUUCUGAAAAAUCAACUAAAUCUAAACGAAAGGACUCUGGCCCUAAAAAUCAGUAUUCAUUAAUACAUUCUCCAGAACAAGAUUCCAGUUUGCCUUCCUUUUUUGAUAAACUUUCCGAUGUCACAGAUUCUGAAACUGGAAGAGAACCUGCUGAUUGUACUAGUGAUGUCCCUAGCGAGAAACGUAAUGAAUUUUCUCUCAAGAAAGAGAAAGAUAUUGGAAUAUCUUCAUCUCCUUUUAAAAGUAAGCAUGAAGAUCAUGUUCAAAAGCAAGAAAUGAGCAAAUACUCUGAUGCGCAGAGUACAUCUUCUAAAGAAGGAAGAAGAAAGAAAAAAUCGAAAAAGCAAUCCAAGGAAAAGAAAAAGAAGCGGGAAGUAAAAGAUCAAUCAGUAAUUAAAGAUGCUCCUCCAUCAGUACCUGCUACAUCUCCUAAGCCAUUAUUUGAACCUCUUCCCAUUGAUGAAGACAGCAGACUUUCUGAUAUCCGAUUGGAUGAAGAUACCAGACGUUUUGAGCAAGAAUUUUUAGUAGUUCCUCAAGAAGCCAGUGUUUUUGGAGAAGAAGGCCCAACUAAGAAAGAGGAAAAACUUCUUGAAAGACGAUUUGAAGAGGAAGCUGCAAAAGAAACUCGCAGGCUUGAAGCAGAAUUAUUUUCUACUGGUCGAGACUCUUGGCAUAUGAAAGAGAAAGAUUAUGAUCCAGAAGCAAAUGCAGGAGAAUUGUGUGAAGAUAAACACCUGAGUGAAAUAGAUUCUUUAACUGUAAAAGAUGAAGGAAUUUUUACAGGACUUGACUUGCACUCUUCAGUUUCUGAGACACCUCAGAGUGAAACAGAGGCCUUUCUUACUGGCCAUACAGAAUCUGACAAUUAUAAAAUAGAUGAUAAGGAUAUGAAUGAAAUAGAAGAUCAGCGGAAAAUUGAAGAUGAUUUGGCUGUCUCUGCUCUGUUACAAGAAAUGCAUUGUGGUGAAAUAUCUGCUCCAGAACUGACAAAAGAGACAGAUUACCUUGACCCUUUGAUAGAAACUCAUCCAGAAGAUACUAUGAAUUAUUUGCUUCCAGAUGAUGGAGAAAAUUCUCUUCAUAUAGCGGAUAGUCCACCAGAUGUUCAAGGCAUUGACAACCCAGAUGAAAAGUUAGAAGGUUCAGUCAUGUUACUAUCUCCAUCUUCUAAUUCUGAACCUCCUGCUUUGGAAAUUUCUAAUGUAGAAGAUUCUUCUACUACUAAAGUGGAAAAUACUGUUGAAACAGAUGUUCCUGAAACUUCAAAAGUUGAGCCGACUAUUACAAAUGAAGUUGAGAAAGAAUGCCAGCCUGCUUCUUGCUAUGAAUUUCAAGAAGAUGUUGAAGUAUGUGAGAGCAAACCUCCCGUUAUUGAUAUUCCCAACAUUCCCGACUCUUCAGAGCAGAAAAAAGUAUCUUUAUCUCCCAAAGUUGAGCAUGCUAAAGUUCCUAAGACCAGGGGAAAAGAAAACCAAAGUGGUAUGCCAAAACCCGAAAGCAAUGAAGACACUGAUAAUGAAUCAAUUUCAGAAUUGGCUGAGAAUCAGUUGACUCAUUUUGAAGACAUAACUAUGGAUACUACAGAUAGUAAAGAUGAUGAUAAUCCACCAAUAUUGUUACCUGUUGAAUCGCCUCGUAACCUUUUAACUGCAGCAGAACCUAAAGAAAAAGUAGAAGUUCCUAGUAAUCCAUUGGAAGAAGAUAUUCUAGAAGAUUCCAUUGACAAACCUCCCUCUGAAGCAGUUAGUGAGGCUGAAAGCAAUUCUAAUAAGUUGCCUACAACUGAUAUUAAUAUCAUAUCAUCAGAUAUUGAAAAACAGUUUGGUGAAAUUCUGAAUCGCUUUCCAGAACAACAAAGAAAUGAGAAAAAAUCUUCUAGUAAUUCUGAUUCUCGUGAUGCCUGUUCUGUUCCUCUUCACAUGUCUGAAUUAUCUGAUCACAAUAGUAAUGACUCUCUUUUGUUAACUAAUCCUGGUAUCUUUGAUCAUUGUGAUAGUUCUCCUAUAUCUCUGAAACCUUUUAAAUCUUUUGACAGUGAUGAGCCCCAUAUUUCCAACGCCUUUGAUGAUGAAAGUAAUGAUAAAUAUCUUUCAGAAUCUCUUGCUACAGCUAUAGAUCAACCUCUAAUAAGCUAUUCAAGUAUUUUGAAUCCAAUUUGUGAUUCUGUUAUUAAAUCUCCCCAUAAAGCUGAAAACAAUAAUUCAAUCGCUUUGUCAUCUAAAUCAAAUGUUCAAUCAUUUACCGAGUCUGGUGAUGCUGGUACCAUAUCAGAUACAAAUCAUGGUUCAUCUGAUAGCUUUUUGUUAGAUCUUUUUGGUCCUAAAUCUGUUGAAAAUGAAGCAGUUGAUAAUGGCUACCUAUCUGAAAAAACAGAAAAUGAUAAUGGUUUAAUUUGCAAUUCAGAUUCAAAGAAUAAAAAUGAUGAUUCUGAAUUAUUUUCAGAGACUAACCAGUCAAGCCAUGAUAAUCCUUCAUUUCAAAUUUCAGAAGUCAAUGAGCAGAAUGAAGCUACAGAAUUUAAUCAGGAGAUAUUUGAACGUUCAUCUGAUGCUAGUAAAAGUUCCAAAUUGCCUCAGUUAUUAAGUUUCAGUUCUGAUCAGCUGUUUACAGAUUUGCCAAAUAAACCUAAUUCUGAAAUGGCUGGUAAUGUUUCUCCCAAUGAAAGUAAAGCUGAAUCAAAUGAAACAGAUAUGAUACCUGUAGAUGAAAUUCCUGUAACUGAACCAGAAAAGGAUGAUAUCCCUUUCCAUCCUGAAGAAUCAGAACCAUCAUUGAAAAUAGAUGAAGAAGAAACAAAUGUAAAGAACUUAGAGAACUUUAAUGAUGAACCUUUGAUUGUAGAAGAUAACUUGGAUAUUAAAUCUAGGCCAGCCGAUGCUGAAUCUGUGUGUAGUGAUACUACUGACAUUACCAUUCCUGAAAUAAAAAGUGAGACUGAAGCAAGUCAUGUGGUGUCUAGUGAAGAACCUGUACAAGAAGAUCCACAUGUAGGAGAUGUAAGCACAACAAUAAAACCUAAAGUAGAACGUCCACGCAGAGGUCGAAGGCCUAAAACAAGAAAAUAUUUGGAAGCCAUUUCUCAGAAGCAAGAUAUUGAUUCUUCUCUAACUGUAACCCACACUCGUAGCUCAAGUCGACGCAUGCGUCAAGCCUCCACAGAAAGAGUAAGGCGAUCAUUAAGAAGUGAUACUUCUGAACCUACUAUUCUGCGAGAAUGUACAAAGAAACGAUGUUCAGUAGAUGAGCCCAUCCAGUCAGAAACAGAAGAAGCAAAGAAAGAUACAUCAGGAGAAACAAGUGACCAUGUAAGUGACUCUACUACAACUGAAGUCGAAAGUGUAUCUGGUUCUGUUUCCAGUGUGAUUGUUGAACAACGUCUGGCAGAUAAAUCUCAUAUUCCACAUGAGGAACCAAGGAAAAGAAGAGGAAGGCGAAAGAAGGCUUCAGGGGAUAAUCAGAAUCUUCAGCUGACUGAUAAGAUGGACUCAAAAUUUGAUGAUAGCGAAGUUACUAAAGAUCUUCACCGGCCUAAAGAAUCACGAUUGUUACUUUCUUUGUCAUCUUGUGACAAAGAACAAAAGGUAUCUAAAGACAGUACUUCAAAAGCAAUUGAUGUCUAUGAAUUUGUUGAUGAAGAAUAUGACAGAGCUCUUACUUUUGAAAGUGUUAAAGAGAAACUGCAUGAUACUAUCAGAAAUAAUUCAUCAUCUAAUGAUACAAAAAGUGAUAAAGCAAUUGAUCUGAAGCAUAAUAAAAUCUUUGAGUCAAAGCAUGAUAAAGGAAAUGAUCAGAAACAUGAUAAAGGAAAUGAACAAAAACAUGAGAAGGGUACUGAUCAGAAGCAUGAGAAAGGGAAUGAUCAAAAGCACGAGAAAGGAAACGAACAGAAGAAGCAUGACAAGGGAGGCGACCAGAAACAUGAGAAAGUUGGAGAUCAGAAGCAUGACAAAGCAGUGGAUCUUAAAUCUGAAAAGUGUGCUGAUAAUCAUGAAAAGGAGAAGAAGGAUGCUAAAAAGUCAGUUGCUAAUGAGGAGCGGGAUGUGCCCGUUAAGGAGCAUCAUCCUGAAGUCAAAGAACAGAAAAGAAUUUCCAUUACAAUUCGAUUACACCAGAAGGAUGGACAUGAUGGAACUUCUCCUGGUACAGCUGAAGUUGUUAAAACUACAGAAACUGUUAACAUUGAAGAAGUAAAACCUGAACCAGUUAAGACUGAAAAAUCUUCUAAGCAUGAUUCUUCUACCCUUGAGCCUCCCUGCAAGUCUACUAGAAAAUCCACCCGUCUUAUGAAGCAAGCGGCUCAGAGGUCAACUAUUGAUGAUGUAGGAAAGGGCAGUGGAAAAAACAGCAAUACAUCUCAUUCAGAGCCUCCCCCAACUAGGGUGACAAGGCGAUCUAAAUCCAAUCGCCGAAGUGAAGAGAAUUCAACAAAAGAUUUGACACCUUCUGAGAAUUCAAGUGAUCUCAAUGAUGAUAAGAAUAAAAAUGAACCUGUAUUUUUUAUUCAUGAUAAUGCAGUGAAAGAUAUUCAUGAUGAUAAGAGGAAAGUUUCUGGUCAACCAACUGAAAUAUCUUCUAGUACAGAUGCAACAAUGACUGAAUCUGAUAAAAUCCAAACUAGGGGUGGUGUACAGUCGUUAAGAAACUUCCGUUUGAGAUCAACAUCUAGAAUGGAAUCUAGUAAAGAUACUACUUCUUCAAAUAAAGAAUCUGAAGUUCAGAAAAAGGAAACUGUCCUAGUCAAACCAUCUGAAGAAAUAAUGGAAAUUCCCCAACCAAAAGACUCUGGAGAAUCUAAAGAUGUUCCUAAAGAAACUAAAACCCUCUCUGACAGCACUCGAGUAUUUCCUCCAUUACCUGUACUUAAAGUAGAAAUAAAUAAAUUAAAAAUUGAAAACUCUAAAGAAAUACCUCAAAAUUCUGAAAAACAGUCAGAAAAUGAAGAAGACAGUAAUUCUCGAUCAAGUCCUGCUGUUCUUGUUGAUCCUAUUACUGGACUUUUAGGUCCAGUUAGUGGAUCUUAUACUGAUUCUGUUAGUCAUUCUUUAUCAGAAAAUAAGAAACCAGAAUCUGCAAUUUCAACAUCAGUUCUUAAUAUCAAAAAUGCUUCCAAAACAGUUAUUUCUACAGAAACAGCCUCUGCUACAUCAGUUAUUCAGGAAAGUUCAAAAAGUGGCUAUGUUAGUAAAAAUGAGAAUAUUCCAGAAAGACCCCCAUUGGUUCAGAUUCUUCGUCCAAGACAAGUAUCUGGUUCUAUAUCCUCAUCUAGCACACUUACUACUGAAACAUCCCCUAUUAAUUCUGAAAGCAAUUCCAAACCACCAGUUCAAGCAGAAAAGAGUACUGAGCAUGUAAAGCUUCCGGCCAAGAAAAAUUCUAUGGCUGCUAGUGUUUUAACAAUGGCUAAUGCUGUAGUUCCUAGUUCAACUAUCAGUACAGUUACAGUGACAGACUCUGUGAACACAAGUUCAGUUUAUACACAGAGCUCACAAGGGCAGUCUCCUGUCAUAAGUCGAACAACAAAUAUCUCAUCACAUGACAAUGCACAAGUUAAAGUUUCUUCUCAUUCAGUUCAUAGUUAUGAUUCCCCAAUUAGAACAACAGCUGUUGUGACUUCAACAUCUGCAAGUCAUUUAACAUCGAAUUCUUCAGCUGUUUCAAUCAAAACUUCGACUGCAGCAUCAGUAUCUACUUCUACUACUAAAUCAGAGCUUCCUCCUGUGUAUACUUCUGCAAACAUCCCACCUACAUCGACUGUUAGUGAACAUAUUUCUUCUGUUGCAAGUUGCAAACCUUUGCCACUAAAUGUUUCUGGAGAACAUUCCAAUAUUUUAGUGAAACAAGAAGUGCAUACAACAUCUGCAUCAAUUCAUAGUGUGCCCGUACCUACUACUUGGACUAGCUCAAAGAUACCAUCUAAUAGAAUCACUGAUGCUCAUGCCCAUGUCAGUACAAUACAAAGUACUGCCUCUAGUAACUCUACUCAUUCUUCAAAAUUGGAAGUCAGGCCAUCUAAAGUUCCUCAUCCUAGCAGGAGUAACUCUGCUUUUACACAACAAACAGCAUUUCAAAUAUCAAAUUAUGAUGAUCCACUUUCUGGUGCACACAGCCUUUCUUCAAGUGGUGGUGUUAUAGCUGAUCUCUUACAAAAUCAAUUUCUGCAGCAUAAAGAAUAUUUUGUCCCUGGUGGCCAACAUCAUGAUGCCAAUAUUGUUCAAAUGGUUCGUUCAAAUACUCCUGGUGCAUCUAACAUUCCUCCUGAAUUGGCACGUUUGGGAGAAUCUCCACAUACUCCUACACCACCUAUUACAUCAUCAAGUCAUCCUCUGCCUUCCACAGAUAGCCAUUCUCAUGUUAAUACGGCUCUUCAUUUGAGACAGCCUCCCAUCAUGGUACCCCCUCAUUCUAGUAGAUCUCUUCAUCAUCCAGAACUUGCAUCAUUAAUGCAUCAGCAAAUGAUGUUUGCACAUAGUACUUAUCCACACCAUUCUGACCUUCGAGUUCAACAAGAUGUCAGGGCUAUGGGCAUAAACUCUCAUUAUGGCUACCAUGCCAUGCCUGCUUCCUCUGAUGUGAGCAAUAAUUUUAAACAGCCACCUCAACAUCGGCAUCAGUCAUCUAUUAUGGAUGCCAAGGCAGAACAGAAAGUAGUCGAUGAUUUAUCUAAAGUAUUGCAUGAAACUAGAGCAGCGGAAGAAAAAUCUCAACGCUCAAAAUCAAUGCGUAGUAAAAAAGAUUUUGCCCCUGUUCAGAAAGAAAAAGAACUUAAAAUGAUGUAUUCUGAAAAUAGAGAAGAUGUUGAAAGUUCACGGUUAGUCCCAUCUACCUCUGCUAUUGCACCUCAUAAUUCACGACAACCUCAGCAUGCUCAUUUUGCCUCACAGAUUCUUCAAAUGAGUCCACACAUACCAUCUCCUCAUGAUAGGACUACUGAUUCUCCUGUAACUGCAAACUUGUAUAAUGCUCAGGGCAGAUUGUCUCAAAUACCACUUGCUGGUCAAGUGGAUGAACGUAGCCUAGGAGCACAUUCAUCCCAUCUAUAUAAAAAUGAUACAAGUGAAGGGAUCAAACCACCAAUAGCUCAUCAGACUCAACCAUCUACUAGUCCAUAUCAUUCAAGGCAGCAGUUGUUAGGUGUUCCACAGAUUGGUUCUACUGCUCCUGCUCACAUUGAUGGCAGAUCAUCAAAUCCAGCUCAUUCUCCAAAUUCUCAUUCAUAUAAGAAGGACAGUCAUUCACAACAAAUUGCAUCUCUUCAUAAUCCUGCCAUUGACAAGAUUGUAAGCUCUGAACAUUCGGCUAAAGGGUACAAUGUCAGAACUAUAAGCCGCCAGGGGGGAUCAUCCAUUAGUCCUGGACCUUGGUCAUCUGGUUUGCAGUCGCAGUCUCCACGUCCUCCUAUGAUUUUGAAUGAACAAUCUGCUCAUGUUCCUCCUCCUGCGCAUGCAAUGUCUCAGGCUACCAACGUUGCUAUAUCCCACCAACCACCAUCACAUGCCAGUCAACAUGCAGAUCAGUUUCUGUUACAGCGUUAUCCAGUUAUAUGGCAAGGUAUUCUGGCUCUCAAAAAUGAUCAAGCAGCUGUCCAAAUGCAUUUUGUAUCAGGAAAUUUAAACAUAGCAAGAUUGUCACUUCCAGCUGUAGAACCUUUUGAUCCAUCACCUCUUAGGAUAGCUCAGAGAAUGAGACUAGAGCCUCAGCAAUUAGAAGGAGUUAAAAAGAAGUUACAGAUGGUAGAGGAACAUUGUGUGCUUAUGGCUCUACCCUGUGGAAAAGAUCAUGUGGAUGUCUUUCAACAAUCAAAUAAUUUACGAAAUGGAUUUAUAAACUAUCUUCAACGUAAAUCAGCUGCAGGAAUUGUAAAUACUGCUCAUCCUGGUACUCAACAGCCUGCUUAUGUGGUUCACAUCUUUCCAACAUGUGAUUUUACGAACUUGAACUUGACGAAGAUUGCCCCAGAUUUGUUGAAACUAGUUUGUGAAAUCGCUCAUUUGGUGAUUGUUAUUGCAACUGUGUGACUCAUAUCAGUGAUCUAUAAUUGGGUGAAUUUUUACAAAGCUAGAUGCCCUGUGAAGCAUCUGGUUAAUUAACUUCUGCAUCUGAUUGAUGUCCGAUGCUUGGUAUGACGCCCAUCGAGGGCCAAGAAGUUCAAAGAAGUUAAGUAGGGGCUGCUUUUGUCGGCUCCUUGUUGUGAGUGCUGAGUGUGUUUGGAGAUGUCUGUUGGAGCUAUAGUGUAUGUUACUUUUAAGAUGGAUCUAUUUCUUUUUCUUCCAUUCUAAAUCCUACUAUUGAAUAAUUGUUUAUCACAAGCUUUAAAGGAGUGAGGUCAAGAAAAUGGUAAUGCUCAAUAGAAAAAAGGGAGAUGGGUUAAUAGCCUUUGCAUAUAAGAGAUAUAUUUGUAUGUAUUAGUUGUUAUAGGGAGUUGGAUUUUAACAUUGAAAACCUUUUACUUUUAAGAAAAGAGCCAGAAAAGUCUGUGAUUGGACUAUUGUGAAAGCUAUACUGAGAGUACAUGGCUCGAUAUAAUUAGUGUUACAAAUGUACAAAGCCUGCCUAGUGCAUUUUGCACUUUGUGUAUUUAAAUUGAAGGCAGGUUGUGUUUUGUUAUCUUGUCUGUGUUACAUAAAGUAAAAUUAGGUCCAUUCUCUGUACAGUACCAUCUGUUCAUCAGUGUUUUCUCCAUGGUCUCAAAGCAUAUUGUAAAAAGUAGUCAUCUGUUGCAUUUCCUCCCAUCAGUCAUAUGUAUAAUAUGUUUCAUGAGGUUUGUGAUUGUACAUUUUGUAUAUAUGUAAAUGUUCUAGUGAUUGUAAAUUCUUUCAAGAAAAUUACAAAAACUACUAAUCCCAUAGGACUUUUAGUGGACUUUAUAACUGCCCAGAUGAUUGCUUUCAAAGUAAAUUCACCAGAAUUGUACAGUAAUUAGCCUGCCCAAUUGUAUUAUAAAAUCCCACAUCAUUGUAAAAUAUCUAUACAUAAUUGCAUAUAAAUAAAAAAUAUAUAAAUAAAUAUAUAUAAAUACAAAUAUAAAGAUGAAAAACUGUGUUGCUCUUCGUUGCUUCACCUAAAAAAAUUGAGCUUAAUGAGAGUAUUUGGGCUAUGGAUUGACAGUCCCUGUAAUAAAUAAAUGGCAGGGAAGGCAACAUGUAUAAACUGUAAAUUUUUCUGUUUUUGUUUUGUUUUUCUUUUUUGUACAGGCACAAGUUUAAUGACAUCGCAUGACAGAUGAAUGUACAGUGACGUCUUUUCAUUGCAUCUGUUUCCCCAUAUUUGCUCAAAAGCCAUCACUGCAAAGAGUACCAGCAGAUAUUUUCACUUCUUUCAUUGUGAUUUCCACCAAGUUCAGCUGCUCUAUUUUUGAUGUGAAAAUUUCUCAAGUGUCUAUAUUUUGUGUCUCAGACAGUCCAGUUAUUGUAUAUAUUCCAAAGGGGCUGUUCUGGUUAAAAGUUGUUUUUCUGCUGAAGCACUCGGAACAGUGAGUUAAGUUAUUCGUAAAGUCAGUAAACAGCUAUCACUAUAA